GUAUAAAAUAUUAUAAAAUUAUAAUAAAUUAAAUUUUUUUGCAGAAAAUUCAUUGGCAUAUUUCUAUUAAAUAAUUUAUCGACCAAUAUGUCGGAGAAAGCGUCAUUACCAGGUAUCUAUACGUCAGACAAGAAUGGUAGUGAUGAGACAGGAGAUGGUUCAGAGAGCAACCCCUUUAAAACUGUUCUAAGAGCGAUGCGUCAUGCCAAUAAGGAACCUUUUCCAGUCAUAUACCAGGACUCUCGUGAGAAAGACAAGAAGUAUGAACCAGCGUCUAAGUCUCAAUUGAAAAAGGCACAAAAGAUUUGGAUUAGAGAACAGUAUAAAAAUGAGGAUAAGGAGAAGAAGUUGUUGGAAGAUGAGGAAAAGAGAUUGAAAAAUAUUGAAGAGGCUAAAACAAUUGUUAUAGAAGAGGAUAAAACUCUGCCGGAAGCAAAAGAAAUCAAGAUAAGACAAGCUGUCGAUCACAGAGAUCAAAGAGUCAAGAUAUACGGAUGGGUGCACAGACUGAGACGGCAAGGCAAAGCCCUUAUGUUCAUCACGUUGCGAGAUGGGACAGGCUUUCUACAAUGUGUGCUGACUGAUAAGCUUUGUCAAACAUACAAUGCUUUGAUCCUUGCCACAGAGGCUUCUGUUCAACUGUUUGGGGUCUUGAAAGCUCUUCCUGAAGGGAAAAAUGCACCCGGUGGACACGAGUUAUGUGUUGAUUAUUGGAAACUUAUUGGACUGUCGCCUCCUGGUGGCGCCGAUUCAAUUUUGAACGAAGAAGCUCUACCUGACGUACAAUUGGACAACAGGCAUAUAAUGAUUCGAGGCGAAAAUACAUCGAGAAUUCUAAUGAUGAGAUCUGUAUUGAUGCAAGCGUUCAGAGAUCAUUACAAGGAUCGCGGUUACUAUGAAGUAACUCCACCAACGAUGGUGCAAACCCAAGUGGAGGGUGGUUCAACUCUCUUCAAAUUGGAUUAUUUUGGGGAAAAUGCUUUUCUUACUCAGAGUUCUCAAUUAUAUCUUGAAACGUGCGUCCCAGCAAUGGGAGAUGUAUAUUGCAUUGCCCAAUCAUAUCGGGCAGAGCAAUCGAGAACGCGUCGCCACCUUGCCGAAUACACGCAUAUCGAGGCAGAAUGUCCGUUUAUCACGUUUGACGAGAUGCUUGAUCGAUUAGAAGAUUUAAUUUGCGACGUAGUUGAGCGAGUUCUGCAAUCGCCACUCGGUGAUCUUGUCAAAGAAUUGAAUCCCAGCUUUCAAAUUCCCAAGAAGCCUUUUAAACGAAUGAAUUACAGCGAUGCGAUUGAAUAUCUGAGAGAAAACAAUAUUACAAAAGACGAUGGUAGCUUUUAUGAGUUCGGAGAGGAUAUUCCCGAAAUGCCAGAAAGAAAAAUGACCGAUGCCAUCAACGAGCCGAUAAUGCUUUGUCGUUUCCCCGCUGAAAUUAAGUCGUUUUACAUGCAACGUUGCGCGGAGGAUAGACGCUUAACGGAAUCUGUGGAUGUUCUUCUACCGAACGUGGGUGAAAUCGUCGGCGGUUCGAUGCGUAUCUGGGAUUACGAGGAGCUGAUGGAGGGUUACAAGCGUGAAAACAUUGAUCCGACCCCGUACUACUGGUAUACAGACCAGCGGAAAUAUGGAACUUGUCCUCAUGGCGGUUACGGAUUGGGAUUAGAACGAUUUUUGUGCUGGCUGUUGAACAGGUAUCACAUACGUGAGGUGUGUUUGUAUCCGCGUUUCCUGGAGCGUUGUCGCCCGUAAAAGAAUAUUCACGAGAAUAUGGAUAUUGUGUCAAUGCGGUUACAUUACUUUUUACUACUACAGUAAACCAUAGCACUGCGUUAUAUUCAGAAAUAUUACGAAUAUACCAAUUAUAAUCACGAAAAAACUUGUGGAAAGCCACUUAAAUAGAAGUAUAUGUACAUACAUACAAA